UCCCAAAGGUACAAGCGAGUGAAGCGCAUUUUAAGUCAAGCCAACUUUUGUCGCUGCGUUGAAGAGGAUAUCCUUAGAAAUCUGCUAAAGCGAGGCCAAUCGAAAAAAGAUCAGAGAGAAAAAAUGAGGACAGGAAAAGAAACAACUUUUUUAUCUCUACCAUCACUUCUGUUCUGCUUGUUUAUCUUUGUUAACGUUUGUCAACGGACGGUGAAAGCUCAGUCUUUGCCGCCGGCGAAGUAUGAUGGGUUUGUGUAUACAGACUACCAAGUUGACUCGGACACGAUUAUGAUCGAGGCGUUCUUCGACCCAGUCUGCCCCGAUAGCAGAGACUCAUGGCCUCCUCUCAAGCAAGCUAUUCAAUACUACGGUUCUCGCGUUUUUCUCAUAGUUCACCUGCUCCCAUUGCCCUACCAUGACUAUGCAUUCGCUACUUCCCGUGCCUUGCACAUUGUAAACCUGCUUGAUCCAUCUGCUACUUUUCGAUUGUUGGACUCCUUCUUUCAGCAUCAGGAGAGAUUUUACAAUGCUCAAACAAGCAACAUGUCGAGAGUUGAUGUUGUCAAUGAAAUCAUAAAGUUUACAGCAGAAACAGUUGGGAACUCCUAUUAUUCCGCAAUUAUAUCAGGUUUCAAUGACAGAAUGACUGAUCUUAAAACAAGAGUUUCUUUCAAGUAUAGUGCUUCAAGAGGGGUAUUUGGAACACCUUCUUUCUACAUCAAUGGAUUUGCGUUGCCUGAUUCUGGCUCCACAAUAGAUUACAAGGCAUGGAGAAGCUUCAUUGAUCCAUUGCUUGUCGCACAGGGCGUAAAGAGAGAGAAUUCUCCACCAUUAGUUUUAUGAAGGAUUUAACUUUUCAGGACAUACUCUUCAAAUGGUAUUUGGUUGAUAUAUGACAUUGAAUGCAGUACAUAAACACUGCAUCAGCAACGUUGGAUGCUCUAGCUGUAAUGGCUGCCAAAGAAAUGGAUACUGGAUAAUGUAAAAAGACCAAGUUUGUACUAGUAAAAAUCCUUGAACC